GACUCAUUUUCUCUGAAAAGUACACCCUCAGCUUCAGCUGGUACCAAGAGAAACGACUUUGGAGUCAAUGGCAGAACAAUAAUAGUGUGCCUCCCCCACCCACCCACACACACACACACACCCCAACCUCCUCACCCCUUGUUCUAGAUUUCCAGUUGGCAUCUCUGGGAGACUGUAAACGGCCAAGAACCAUGCCGAUCGGAGAAGCUGUUCUGUCUGCCUUCAUGCAGGCACUCUUCGAGAAAGUGAUCGCUACCGCUUUUGGUGAGCUGAAAUUACCUCAAGAUGUAGCCGAGCAGCUGGAGAAACUAUCCAGCAGUCUGUCGACCAUUCAAGCUCAUGUUGAAGAUGCUGAGGAGCGGCAGCUGAAGGAUAAAGCCGCACGAAGCUGGCUUGCCAAGCUCAAGGAUGUCGCAUAUGAGAUGGAUGACUUGCUCGAUGAUUAUGCAGCUGAGGCCCUUCGAUCCAAACUAGAAGGACCAUCCAACGACAACCAUUUGGACAAGGUUAGAAGCUGUUUCUGCUGCUUUUGGUUCAACACCUGUUUAUUCAACCACAAGAUACUGCAAGACAUAAAGAAGGUUGAGGAGAAGCUCAAUAGGCUUGUCAAGGAAAGAGAGAUUAUUGGUCCAAACAUGAUCAGUGCAACGGACAGGAAAGAGAUAAAGGAGAGGCCUGAGACCAGCUCAAUAAUCGAUGACUCAAGUGUGUUUGGAAGAGAAGAAGAUAAGGAGACCAUUGUGAAGAUGUUGCUUGAUCAGAAUAACUCCAACCAGUCCAACCUUUCCAUUCUUCCCAUAGUGGGUAUGGGCGGAUUGGGGAAGACGACUCUAACACAGCUUGUCUACAAUGAUACAAGAAUAAAAGAGCAUUUCCAGUUAAGGGUCUGGCUGUGUGUUUCUGAAAAUUUUGAUCAGAUGAAGCUUACCAAGGAGACCAUUGAAUCAGUUGCCAGUGAGUUUGAAUCAGUUAUCAGUGGGGUCUCAUCGGUCACAACCAACAUGAACUUGCUCCAGGAAGACCUCUCGAAAAAGCUAAAAGGUAAAAGGUUUCUUCUAGUACUUGAUGAUGUAUGGAACGAGGACCCUGAAAAGUGGGACACAUACCGUCGUGCUCUACUUACUGGAGGAAAGGGAAGCAGAAUAGUAGUAACCACAAGGAACAAAAAUGUAGGGAAACUAAUGGGUGGGAUGACUCCAUACUAUCUAAAUCAGUUAUCCGACAAUGAUUGCUGGUUUUUGUUCAGGAGCUAUGCAUUUGUGGAUGGUAACUCCGAUGCACACCCAAAUUUGGAAAUGAUAGGCAAGGAAAUUGUGAAGAAGUUAAAAGGCUUACCACUAGCUGCAAAAGCAAUAGGCAGCUUACUGUGUUCCCAGGAUACCGAGGAUGACUGGAAAAAUGUAUUAAGGAGUGAAAUAUGGGAACUGCCAUCAGAUAAGAACAAUAUAUUGCCAGCUCUGAGAUUGAGUUACAAUCAUUUGCCUGCCAUACUGAAGAGAUGUUUUGCAUUUUGCUCAGUCUUUCACAAAGAUUAUGUGUUUGAGAAAGACAGGUUGGUUCAGAUAUGGAUGGCCCUUGGGUUUAUUCAGCCUCAGCGGAGGAGAAGAAUGGAAGAGAUUGGAAGUAGCUAUUUUGAUGAAUUACUAAGCAGGUCCUUCUUCCAACAUCACAAAGGUGGAUAUGUGAUGCAUGAUGCUAUGCAUGACCUAGCACAGUCGGUCUCAAUUCAUGAAUGCCUCAGACUGGAUGACCUUCCAAACAACAACAGCUCUGCAAAAAGUGCCAGGCACCUCUCAUUCUCUUGUGAAAAUAGAAGCCAGACUUCAUUUGAAGCCUUUCUUGGAUUUAAGAGAGCACGGACACUUCUACUGCUAAGUGGAUAUAAAUCAAUGACAAGGUCUAUCCCCAGUGAUCUGUUCCUCGAAUUAAGGUACCUCCAUGUGCUCGAUUUAAACCGGCGAGACAUUACUGAGUUGCCAGAUUCCAUUGGAAGCUUAAAAAUGCUUCAAUAUUUGAAUCUCUCGGGCACUGGUAUAGCAAUGUUGCCUUCAUCAAUUGGUAGGCUCUUCAGCUUGCAAAUACUUAAGUUGAAAAACUGCCAUGAAUUAGAUUAUCUCCCACAAAGCAUAACCAAUCUUGUAAAUCUUCGAUGGCUAGAAGCAAGAACAGAGUUGGUCACAGGCAUAGCCAGAAUAGGUAACUUAACUUGUCUUCAACAGUUGAAUGAAUUUGUGAUCCGUGCAGACAAAGGAUACAAGAUCAGUGAAUUGAAGGCAAUGAAGGAAAUCAGAGGGCAUAUUUGUAUUAAGAAUAUCGAGUGUGUUGCUAGCACAGAGGAAGCAAUUGAAGCUUUUCUAGGUGAGAAGGCAUUCAUCAACAUCCUAGAUCUUAUCUGGUCCGAUAACAGGAACAUAACAUCUGAAGAAGCAAAUCGAGACAAAGAGAUACUUGAAGUCCUCCGGCCACAUCAUGAACUGAACGAGCUAACUGUCAAGGCAUUUGCAGGCUCCUCCUUCCCAAAGUGGUUUAGUAGUCUUUCCUACUUGCAAACCCUCCACCUGUCUGAUUGCACGAAAUGUUCGAUUCUACCAGCACUGGGGGAGCUACCUCAACUCAAGUAUUUGGAUAUUGGUGGUUUUCCAGCCAUUAUUCAAAUCAGCCAAGAUUUUUCAGGUACCGAUGAAGUUAAGGGGUUUCCAGCACUGAAAGAGCUCGUAUUUGAUGACAUGAGUAAUUUCACAAGAUGGGCUUCUGUACAAGAUGGUGAAUUUCUUCCGUCCCUCACAGAACUUGCAGUGAUGGACUGCCCGAAAAUAACAGAGUUCCCACCCCUCCCAUCAACGCUAGUGAAGCUCAAAAUUUCUGAAACGGGGUUUGCUAUUCUUCCAGAAGUCCAUAUUCCAAACUCCCAGUUUUUAUCGUCCUUAGAAUGCUUACAGAUUCAUCAGUGCCCAAAUCUCACAUCCUUAAAGGAAGGACUGCUUAGCCAGCAAUUAUUGGCUCUCCAGCAGUUAACCAUUACUCACUGUUUAAACCUAAUUGACCUGCCAGUUGACGGAUUUAGAGCCCUAACUGCUCUUAAGAGUCUUCACAUCUAUGACUGUCCAAGGCUGACACCAUCAGGACAACCUAGCUUGCUGCCCUCCAAGCUUGAAGACUUGCGCAUCAGCUCAUGCUCCGAUCUUAUUAACCCUCUUCUACAAGAGCUUAAUGAGCUCACCUCGCUGACACAUCUCACCACAGCUGAUUGUGCUAGCCUUCAGUCUUUUCCAGUAAAGCUCCCUGCCACUCUGCAAAAACUGGAGAUCCUCAAUUGCAGUAAUCUGAUCUACUUGCCUGCCGAUCUAGAAGAUGCAUUGUGUCUAACAGCUAUAACCAUCUUGCAAUGCCCUCUCAUACCAUGCUUGCCAGGACGCCUUACAAAGUCAUUGAAAGAAUUGUACAUCAAAGAAUGCCCGUUUCUAUCAGAGAGUUGCCAAGAAAACAGUGGAAGAGAUUGGCGUAAAAUUGCUCAUGUACCAAUCAUUGAUAUUGAUGAUGAUACCAACAUAUCCAAGACAAGCAUACGAAGAAGAUUAUCAUGAAUGCCUCACAGCAGUGCUACAAAAAUGAUUAUCAUCUGGAUUCGAGAAAUAAUUUUGGAAGACGGUGAUAUUUCAAGAGCACCUUACAGUUUACGCUCCACCUCCAUCAGAAGGCCAAUCUAGUCCAUUUGCAAAACUCAGAUGACCAGAAAAACUCAACCAGUAAUUUUGAAGACACAGAUCUAGUAGUUUCGUUACAGGAAGUGGCCAAGACAUUACUGUAUUUAUUACAUCUUCCUUUUCAUCUUUAGAAAAGAAAAAUGCAGCUUUUUGUGUUUGUGUAAUUGUGUACUGUGUUCUCAAACACAUUUCAUUAUAUGAUUUUGAGACACCUUCAUUUU